GGGUCCUGCUGUCAUACUUUAAUUAGAACACUUGCUGUGUAAAAUCCGGCGACAACCAUCUCGUCCUUGUCGGUCUGAACGCGCGGUUGUGCUGCUUCAUUUUCUCUUGUUUUAUGCCUUAUAAACGCUAGAUUUUUAAGGAUUUAUCUACUUAAAUUCUUACACCAAGUUGAGGUGUUUGAUCGUCACACAUUUCCGGCUAGGAAUUAUCUAAUUUCUUCUUCUGUCAGUUUUCCAAUCUUAAUUACCAUAACCUUCCUUUGAUUAACUUGUCUGUUCCGUCUACUGGUUCGUUGCGCCGUACGCCCCGACUCAGCCUCCUGUAGGCCACUUUAUUUUGUUACUAUUUGCAUUGCUGUUUUUGAAAGUUUGUGGUGAAGUCUGUCUGUUGAUUCGCGUCAUUAAGUCGCUCAAGAUCUUCUUUCUUUAGGCCUUGAACAUGUUUCUCAUACUGUUGUUGUGAAAUGUCAGUUUUACUUCGAAUGAAGAUAACAACAAAGUUCGCAGCGAAAUGGAGGUGCGGCAAUUGGAGUUGCUCUGCAAACAGUUGUAUGAAUCUCAAGACUCAUCUCAACGUGUAGAGGCUGAAAAGGCUUUAGUUGGUUUUCAAAAUGCCCCCGACACACUGUCCAAGUGCCAGCUCCUACUGGACCGUGGAGAUUCUCCCUAUGCUCAGCUCUUAGCUGCUACUACACUUACCAAACUUGUGUCCAGAUCAGCUCAAGGUUUAAGUCUGCAACAAAGAGUUGAUAUUAGGAAUUACAUUCUCAAUUAUUUGGCCACACGCCCUAAACUGCCUGGAUUUGUUAUCCAAGCUCUUGUCACUCUUUUUGCUAGAAUAUCAAAGUUAGGUUGGUUUGAUAAUGACAAAGAUGAGUUUGUGUUUCGCAAUGUUGUCAGUGAUGUGACAAAGUUCCUACAGGGGUCAGUUGAGCACUGCAUGAUUGGAGUUCAGCUACUUUCACAGUUAACAUGUGAAAUGAAUCAAAUAUCUGAGGCAGAUGCCAAUCGUUCAUUGACUAAACACAGAAAAAUAGCAUCUUCGUUUCGUGAUACUCAACUAUUUGAAAUCUUCCGACUGUCUUGCACUCUUUUGGGAACAGCUAAUGAAAAUUGCAAAAGCCUUAAUUUUAAUGAUGAAGGGCAGCAUGGACUUCUUACUCAACUUUUAAGAUUAGCACACAACUGUUUGACAUUCGACUUUAUUGGAACCUCCAUGGAUGAAUCAUCUGAUGACCUAUGCACUGUCCACUGUCCAACAAGUUGGCGCCCAGCUUUUCUUGACUUUUCAACCCUCAAACUUUUCUUUGAUUUGUAUCAUUCCUUACCAUCCACUCUCUCACCAUUGGCGCUCUCAUGUGUUGUGCAAAUUGCAUCAGUGCGGCGUUCACUAUUUAGCAAUACUGAACGUGGAAAGUUCCUCACACAUCUUGUCAAUGGGGUCAAACAGAUACUUUUGAACCCUCAGGGGCUGAGUGAUCCUAGCAACUAUCAUGAAUUUUGUCGCCUUCUUGCCCGUUUGAAGUCUAAUUAUCAGCUGGGUGAAUUAGUUAUGGUGGAUAACUACCCAGAAGCCAUUCAGCUGGUUGCUAAAUUUACUGUUGAGAGUCUACAGAUGUGGCAGUUUGCACCCAACAGUGUACAUUAUCUUCUCAGCCUUUGGCAAAGAAUGGUUGCUUCAGUGCCUUAUGUUAAAGCCACUGAACCACACUUGCUUGAGACUUAUACCCCCGAGGUCACCAAUGCCUACAUUACCUCACGCUUGGAGUCUGUAGCUGUUGUUGUGAGAGAGGGCUUAGAAGAUCCUCUGGAUGACUUAGGCAUGGUGCAUCAGCAGUUAGAGCAGCUUUCUGUGAUUGGUCGAUGUGAAUACCAGAAAACUUGUGCUUUGCUUGUCACUCUAUUUGAUCAAGCAGCUCAACUCUACCAAGAGUUAAUAAACACUCCCUCAUCAGUACAAAUAGAUAUCUCAAUCCAAGAAGGUCGCUUAACAUGGUUAGUAUACAUAAUUGGCUCUGCAAUCAAUGGCAGAGUGUCAUUUAACAGCAAUGAGGAACAUGAUGCCAUGGAUGGUGAAUUGGUUGUUCGAGUAUUGCAACUGAUGAAUCUAACAGAUUCUCGACUACCCCAGGGUGGUUGUGAAAAACUGGAGCUAGCCAUGCUUAGUUUCUUUGAGCAGUUCCGUAAAAUAUAUGUAGGCGAUCAGGUUCAAAAGAAUUCCAAAGUUUAUAGAAGACUAUCUGAAGUUUUAGGGCUUAGUGAAGAUUCUAUGGUUCUCAGUGUUUUUAUUAGGAAAAUCAUUACCAACCUUAAAUACUGGGGUCGAAGUGAACAGAUUAUUUCAAAAACACUUCAAUUACUCAAUGACUUAUCAGUUGGUUACAGCUGUGUAAGAAAACUUGUUAAACUUGAUGAAGUACAAUUCAUGCUUAAUCACCACACUAGUGAACACUUUCCUUUUCUUGGAAACUCCGUGGCUGUGAGUGAGAUGCGCUGCCGUACCAUGUUUUACACAUCACUAGGGCGGUUACUAAUGGUAGAUCUAGGGGAAGACGAAGAUAGAUUUGACCAGUUUAUGUUACCUUUAACAGCUUCUUUUGAGUCAAUAGGUUCGAUGUUGGCUCUGGCCGAAUCACCAAUGUUUUCAGCUGAAGAGGCCAAGAAAGCUCUAAUUGGUUUGGCACGAGAUUUACGUGGAUUAGCCUUUGCUUUCAAUACCAAGGCCUCGUACAUGAUGCUGUUCGAUUGGAUAUACCCUGCUUACACACCUAUUCUUCUGCAUGCAAUGCAAUUGUGGUUUAGAGAGCCACAAGUGACUACACCUGUCUUAAAACUUUUCACAGAGCUGGUUCAAAACCGUUCACAAAGACUUGUAUUUGAUGUGUCAUCACCAAAUGGUAUUCUACUGUUCAGAGAAGCCAGUAAAAUAAUUUGUAGUUAUGGGCAAAACAUACUGAAUGUAGAAGUGAGCAAGGAGCAAAUGUAUCCAAUGAAGUUAAAGGGUAUAUCGGUCUGCUUUUCCAUGCUAAAGGCAGCUUUAUGUGGCAGUUAUGUGAAUUUUGGAGUGUUUCGUCUCUACAAUGAUGAGGCCCUAGAUGAUGCCCUGAAAACAUUUGUGAAAUUGUUAUUAUCUAUUCCACAUACUGAUUUGCUAGAUUAUCCCAAGUUGUCUCAAACUUACUAUCUUCUUCUGGACUGUCUAGCCCAGGAUCACAUGAGCUUCCUAGCCACACUGGAACCACACGUGUUUUUGUACAUAAUGUCAUCCAUCUCCGAAGGACUGACAGCAAUAGGUGGGACUCUGAAUCAUUUCACAGACACAAUGGUCUGCACCGGAUGCUGUGCAACCCUAGACAACAUUGUAACACAUCUUUUUAAACAGUUAAUACAAAAAGGCAAGAAGCCUCGCCGAGGUGUUCAACCAUCUUCGGACAUGUUUCUUCAAGUCCUGGAGCUACAUCCAGAGAUAUUACAACAGAUAUUAUCAACUGUUCUAAAUACCAUCAUGUUUGAAGACUGUCGUAAUCAGUGGUCAAUGUCUCGACCAUUGCUUGGAUUGAUCCUCUUGAAUGAAGAGUACUUUAAUCAACUACGUGAAAACAUCGUGAGGAGUCAGCCUCCAGAUAAGCAAGCUUCCAUGGCCCAGUGGUUUGAGAACCUUAUGGAUGGUAUAGAAAGGAAUCUUCUCACUAAGAAUAGAGAUAGGUUCACUCAAAAUCUCUCAAUGUUCAGGAGGGAUAUAAAUGAGUCCUUGAAAGGUCCGAAUAUGGUUGCUGCGGUUGUCAGUGAUAUGAUGACCUCAUAACACAAGUGUUUAAUAAUGGACUAUACGAGCUGUGGCAUUUCUACCUUCCAAAACAUUGUUGAUAGGGAGGUACAGUAAACCUAUGUUUCAUAAAUUUUGUGUAUUACGUGGUACAAAAGCAAUGUUGAAGAAACUGCAUCUGUCAUAUUGCCCAGAAUGUCUGCUUGUCUUUUUAUUAAGUGAUUGUUCAUAUGAUUGGAAUUCCUCCAUGGAAGUUUUUAAACUUUUUUUUUUUGUAUGAAAAGUGUUGAUAAAUCUCUAGCUAGUUAACAAUUUCAGUCGUACUUGUGUAUCUGUGUGUGUGUCAAUAUGUUUUGAAUGAAAAUGGUCCUUUGUAUUUAAAUGAAACAAAAACCCUGUGAUUAGAUAAUUGUUUUUUUGUGAAAUGAACAAAAUCAAACUGAAAGAAAAUGAAGUACAGUAUUUGUAUACCGUUAACUUUUAUUCCUCCUUUAUUUGUAUUGAUAUUUUACUGUGGUCUAACCAUCCUGGAAGGUUGAGAUCCUAUACUUCAAAGUAAUCAUGUAGUGAACUGCACAUCACUAGUGUGCAUGUUAUUAAAAUGACGUAUGGAUGUGUGUGUGUGCCUGCAUAUGCUUUCUUGAUUAAGGUGAUACUUGUACAGAACUGGGAAGGAAUAGUAGUUUUUUUUCGUGUUCUUACUGAAGAAAAAGAAAUACAUGCUUACUUUUUAUUA